AUGGCAAGUAAAGGGCCCACGGCGUCUACAUCCACUGAAAACUCCAGUACUGGAGGGACCAGUGGCAGCAGCAGUAGUAAUGGUGCUGGGGACAAUACUAAUCAGGACAGCACUUUUGAAUGCAACAUCUGUUUAGACACUGCCAAGGAUGCGGUUAUCAGCCUGUGUGGGCACCUCUUCUGUUGGCCUUGUUUACACCAGUGGUUAGAGACCAGGCCAAACAGGCAGGUGUGUCCAGUAUGUAAAGCAGGAAUCAGUCGAGAUAAAGUUAUUCCUCUGUAUGGAAGGGGUAGUACUGGGCAGCAGGACCCCAGAGAAAAAACUCCACCACGACCACAGGGACAGAGACCUGAACCAGAGAACAGAGGGGGAUUCCAGGGCUUUGGGUUUGGAGAUGGUGGCUUUCAAAUGUCAUUUGGAAUUGGGGCAUUUCCCUUCGGUAUAUUUGCCACAGCAUUCAACAUAAAUGAUGGGCGGCCUCCACCAGCUGUUCCAGGGACUCCCCAGUAUGUGGAUGAGCAGUUCCUAUCUCGUCUCUUCCUAUUUGUGGCUCUGGUGAUCAUGUUCUGGCUGUUGAUUGCAUAACUGCUCUAUACCCUGUAUAUUCCUGGGCAUCAGGGUCUCUGAACUAGUUAAAAACUGCUCCCCCAUCCCACUUUAAACUUUUUGGUGUCUGGUUCCAUAGCUAAUCACAGGUUCCAGGAAUCAGUGGUGCCACAGCAUAUUGAGGAAUUUCGCAUGUUGCACCAGAACCUUGGAAUUAAAUAACAGUUAAAAAGCAUGUCUUACCUCAGCCAUGUCUCAUACCGCUGGUAUCCAGAUACAACCAUGGACCUAGCUUUGAGCUUCACUCUCAAAAGGGAGUGUUGCUUUGAAAUCCUGUGCCAAUCAGCUAGGCCAGGUUUAUGUGGAAGACACUGGUACUGAAGGAGUGUGGGCGGGUGAGGAAAGGAACCUACUGCUUUGUUCAUCAGUAUCACGUGUGUAACAUCCAUGAUGGGAAAGAAAUGCAUCAGUUGAAGUUCCAGAACAUUCUUUAAUCUUUUUAUAUCAAAGUCCAGUUCUUGCCAGGAAAUAUCUUGCAGCACUAAUAAGACUUCUUUGGGAGGGCAUCUGCCUGAAAAUGGAAUCAGCUUUGGAGACCAGUGUUCUAUACCUGCUGUUACUCACCAGAGUUGUGAAAAAUCCAUGGCACUUGAAUGGCUGUAACAGGAGGGGUUAAGAAACUUCAGCCUAAAAUUGUAAAAUCAUCUGACUUUUCUGGAGCUAGACUCUUGAAAAUUCUCUCAUCAUGGGGUUGGGUAGGGUUGUUGGACAGUAGAGUACCUCUCUGGCCACAUGCAGUGCCGUUCCUCGGUGACAAAGCAGUGUUUGUUUUUCUUGGGUUUGUGCAGCUGUCUUUGGCUUUACUCAUGGAUAGUACCUUCAUAACUCUAUUGCUGUAGCUGCACUCACUCCUUCUUCCAAAGUUGUGAGACUUCCAGGACUAUUGUGUACUCUGAAUAAAAUCAUUUUACAGAUCUGAGAUCAUCUUGUU